UCACAAUCUGAUUAGCAGAACUUCAAAGUCAUACUUUUUUAGGUGGAUGUAUAAAACAAAAACUUUGUAAUGAAAAUAAAGAUAAUUUUUUGGUAAAUGGUUAGGAAUCUAUUAAAAGUAGAUUUUCUACUUUGUUUAAAAAAUUUUAUCAUUGAAAUAUAUUGUUACUCAUAAUACUGGAUGAUGGAUGAUGUCCCAGUGAAAAUUUCAGAAAAAUAUAAACCUCCGCCGAAAGUAAACAUUCCACAAACUAUAAUUAAUAGAUUAAAUUCUGAAGGCUAUCCUCCCGGAAUUUUUGAUUAUGAUUUUGCAUUAGAAAAUAGUGUUAUUAAAAAUGUUGAAAACUGGAAAAGGGUUCGUGAAAUAGAAAAAGUUAAUAGACAGUCCCGUUUACAAAAAUUAGAGUUAGAACAAGCUCGUGAAAUAGAAGAAAAGCAAAAGCAAUUAUUAACAACUGUUUCUUAUCCAAACGCAGAUGAAAUUUCAUCUGGUGAUGAGGCAGAAUCGGAUAGUUCACCCGAAGCAACCAAUUCAACAGCUCCAAGUGUAACACCUGUUAAUGUUCUUACUUGUAAUCCAGAGACAUUAAAUCAAGUUUAUAAUCAGCAAAAUUAUAACACAAUCUUAAAGCCAACAGUAUUGCCAGAUAGAAAUAUGCCCAAUCUUGUCAAUUCUCAGACUCCUGUAACAUGGAAAGGUAAUUUAGGUUCUAAUCUAAAACCUAAUAUGGGUGGCAAAAUUAAUUACUCCGAUUUCGAAAAUGAUACAUCUUCUCCAUUUGAUAAUGUAGAACUAAAAACAAUAAAUGAUUUAGAUAUCUUAGCUCAAGUUUAUAAUAUAUCACAUUCCAAUAAUUCAGAGAACUUGAAAAAGGAAAAUGCUAUCAAUGAUUUAAAUUCUGUUAAUGAAAUUUCUCAAAAAGUAUUAAAUAGUGAUAUAAGAAAUGAAGAACAGAUUGAAAAUACAUCUGUAGCAACUAAUAAUGGAAUUUCUGUUAGUCAGAGUGGUGUGACUUCUCCUAUAUAUUGGAAAAAUAACAACAGCAGCUCCAAUGUCACACAAAUACAGUCAGGAAAUUUUGAAGUACCGAAUACUUCUAUUAAUCAUUAUUAUCAGUUGCAGCAAAAUUAUACAAAUAUGAAUGGUUCCUUAUCUAAUCCACAACAUUUUUUAACAAAUCAAGAUAAUUAUUAUUUUACUGGUUAUGGAAAUGUGCCUGCAAAUCAGAAUUAUCAAUUUUCUAAUUAUAUGUCAAAUAAUGAUAAAGAUAAAACUUCAAAUUCACCUUGUUAUACUAAUUAUUUAAAUUUUAACAACCAACAUAAUUUUAAUACAUACAGAACAAAUUUUCAACCAACAACCAUCACAUGCAAUUCUCCAACAAUUACAUAUGGAAAUCUAAAUCAGUAUAGAUCUCCAAAUUUAAACCAAAGGAUAGUAUCUAAUAUUCCAGUUAAUAUUAAUCAAACUGAAUCAAAUAAUUUAACGUUAAAACAAUUAACGCUCGAAGAAAGUGCAAUACAAUCGAUAAGAAGCAAAUCUAAAAGUGUUCCAGAUAUUUUAAAAGAACUAGAUGAUGAAGUACGGGAUUCUGAAAGCAGAAGGAUUCGAAAUCACAGUCAAACUUUAGAAGAUUAUGCUGCAAAAUGUAAACAACAAAUCGAAAAUCAAAAUAAAAAACUGCCAGAAAGUUUUUUGAAAUUAUCUCCGUCUUCACAAAAUUUAAUACAAAAUAUUAGUUCCAUGGGCUUUCCAAUUGAACGAGUUGCAAAAAUUGCAGAUAAGCUGGGAACUGAUGACAAAAAAAUUGUUGAACACUUAAUACCAUUAAGUGAAUUACUUGACUUAGGAUUUGAGGAAGAAAAAAUUUCCGAAGCGCUUUUGAAAUAUGAUAAUAACAAAGAUAAGGCGUUAGACUACUUGAUAUCAUAGUAUAUAUUUCUUCAGAACGUGAAUAUUGAGUUAUUUAUUUAUAUCAAUGUAUAUGAAAUUAUACCUAAACGCUUUAUUUUUUAGUUAAAGAUUAAAUUAUAUUUAUGAAAAUUUUA